AGAUGGUUGGAAAGAUAGCGCUGAUUCUUGUUGCUGUUGCAACCGUCACCUACGCUGCCAGCGUCAAUGUCGUAAGGCAGACAACGGGGUGCUACUACAAGACAGUCAUCUACCAGCAGGGCGAGCAGUGGUUGGACGGGUGUGACUACACAUGCAAGUGUAUCGACGCUUCGAUUGGGGAAUACCAAUGCAAUACUGUAUGUCUUCCGUUGAACCUGCCCCCUCAGUGUCAGCUGCUGGACGCUCCCCAAGGCAAAUGUUGUAAAGUGCCACAGUGUCCUUAUGGAUUUCAGAUCAACAACCCAGAUGGAUUUCAGAUCAACUACCCAGAUGGAUACGUUCCGCGAUAGAGUGAUCUCCCUUUGUAACACUGCCAAUGGCGUCACAUGAUGAUUUUCAUUAAGAUCGAUAACGGAUUUGUCUCCAAGUGAUUUUAGAAUAAUAAAUACUCCGCUCUGUCA